GAGCUUCAACGUGCUUUUCCCAUCUCCUGUAGAGGCGGAGGUCGCCCAAAGAGCCUUCGCUGCUUUUCAGCAAUACCCGGAUGUGGAGAGGGCGCUCUCUGUGAAUGGCAGUUUGUUGAAUGUGAGAUGGGUUGCCCAAGACCGUGGCCGCCUCCACACAGUAGUAACCUCCUUCCUGGAGGACUUUACCCUCAUCUUCCAGAUCAUACAAACCCUGGGACCCUCAGAUCCCGGGACCUCUGAGUAGGAAAAAUGAUCUAAAACCAGUACGCCCCUUGCCAGCCCGUGCAUCCCUCUCCAGGCCCGGAGUUCCUGGAUUUAUUGCCAUGUUCACCUUAGACCCUCAUUUUCUCUGCCUUGGCUGUUUACUCACUGGAUGCUUGGGGACCACUUGUGCUUCCUUGUUGGUGGAUGGGAGACAUGAUUAAAUGUUGGUGGAAAACAAA